AUGUGCUGGUUGGAAAUGUAUCCGGAAGAUUUCAAUGAUCCGAGAAGUGAUUUUGCCACUUUGAUGCGAUUGAUUGAAUUCGGCCGGAUUCAUAAAAUUCACGAUCUAAGAACAAAAGCUCGACAGCUACGUGAAACGUACAAACGUCAUGUUAUGGAUGGUCGUUAUUUGGCUCAAGUGCCUUCAAUGGAGCAGUAUGUAUUCGCUACCGGAUAUGAUGCGCCGGAUUUUGAUACCUGUGUACAGAGGGCUAACUUAUUCGAUAUUGGCAAGGAUAACUGUGUGCAAAUCGCCGAACAGUUAACUUUUUGGGACGCUGUAAGGAUUAAUUUAUUCUUCCACUAA